AUGCCACCUGCAAAGAAAAAAGGUAAAUUCACAUUAGCAGUGGAGGAAGCUAUAUUACCAGAACUAGAAGAAGAAGCAGAACAUGCAACAACAUUUCUAGGAAUGGUAUUCACAGAACUGGAAAAAUUCAUAGAAGAAGGAAGCAUAGAAGGAUAUCUAGAAGGCAAAGUAGACGAACUAUUAGAACUAGGAGAAGAAGAACUAGACAAAUUCAUAGACGACCUAUUUGCAGUACCAAUGGAAGAUACAGAAACACCACAUACAGAUGCGGAUAUAAGAGAAAUUAGAAGCACUAGCAGAAGCGUUAGGAGAAGGAGAAGAAGACGAAGAAGAAUGGAUAAGAGACAAAGACGUGUGGGAACUACUGGCGGAUUACUACGAAACGCACGGAGGACACACGGACGAAGACGAUCUAGAACAUCUAGUAGAAAUAGUAGCAGAAGACACAUACCAAGGAAUAAAAGAAGUGGGAAUAAAAAAAACAUUAAGAUCACUAGCAAUAGAACAAGUGAAAAAUAUGAUAAAACAUACGCUAAAACCAGCAUAUCAAGUAGUGAAAGAAGACUACAAGAGAAUACUAAAACAAUACGCAAAAAAAUGGAAAGAAGGAAAAACAAUAGAAGAAAAAGUACAAAAUUUAAAAGAAGCAGCGAAAGAACACUGGAAAGGAGAAUCGACGAUGAAAAAAGCAGCAAAAUCAGUAAGAGAUCAAGCAUCGGCAGAUGUAAAAAAAAAAGUGAAAAGCACGAUAAAAUUCUCGGAAAAGAUAAAACAUCCAAAGAAACUGGCAGACGCAAUAAAAAAAACUACGGUACACACUGGGAAAAAAAUCCUAGGAGGAGUGAAAAACCAAGGGCCGGAGAUGAUGAUGGACAUAAUAACAAACAUAAUAGAACAUUACGUACCAAACGACGAAGGAAAAAUACUAACGAGAGCCAUAGGAAAAAUAACAGAAUACUCGGUAGCGUUCGCAAUGGGAGGACCGGCAGGACUAGCGGGGGCAGUACUGACAGACCUGAUACUAUUCAUAUCAACGAUAGGAAGACAGAUGGACCAAGAAGAAGCGGUAAACCUAUGGAACGCUCUACUAACGGGAAUAACAACGUACAGCGAUCCGGAACAUCCGUGGAAAGACCUAAACAACGACAUAAUAAACAGAGAAGCACCGAUAAACAAAGACUUCGAAAAAGUAGAGAAAAUAAGCGUACACACACUGAUACAAGAAUACAUAGACGUACCAACCUGACAGACACGGUAACUUACCAGAAGAAGACGAAGACGAAGGCUAAAUGCCAAAGAAAAAAGAAAAACAGAAACAUAAACGACCAAUAG